AUGGCGCUCAUCACGCUCCCUGCAAAUCUAGAGAUGAUAGUGCAGUCCGUGGUUUUUUAUCACAUAGGCCGAAACGGGGGCCAUUAAGGUCUAGAGGCCGCCGCCAUCGCCACCACCCCGGCCAUCAUAGCCUUCUCCUCCACCACGGCCACGGCCAUAGCCUCCGCCACGGCUGCCGCCGUGCCCAUAGCCUUCGUUUCCACCUCCACCACGGCCACCAACUUGCCCGUCGCCUCCGCCAUGGCCACCACCGUCACCACGCCCAUAACCUUCGCCUUCACCUUCGCCUCCUCCCCCGCCGCCACCGCCACCGCCACCAUGUCCCCAACCAGCUCCAGCGCCAUGACCAUACCCUCCACCGCCUCCACAGCCCCAACCAUAGCCAUAGCCACCACCGUUCCCUCCACCACUUCCACCACCAUUCCCUCCCCCUUCUCCCUUUCCUCCUCCGUAACCUCUACCGCUGCCGCCUCCACCACCUUCACCCACCCCAGUCCCUCCGGCGGAGCCACCACCGUUCCCUCCCCCUUCUCCCUUUCCUCCUCCGUAACCUCUACCGCUGCCGCCUCCACCACCUUCACCCGCCCCAGUCCCUCCGGCGGAGCCACCACCGUUCCCUCCCCCUUCUCCCUUUCCUCCUCCGUAACCUCUACCGCUGCCUCCUCCACCACCUUCACCCGCCCCAGUCCCUCCGGCGGAGCCACCAACGUUCCCUCCCCCUUCUCCCUUUCCUCCUCCGUAA